AUGGAUAGAAAAUCUAAUGACAUUGUUUCUAGUCAAUCCCAACCACAUGAAAUGGUUGUAGACGAUGUGGAAAUGGAUGAAACAGAUUCUUCUGAAUAUGUUGAUCUUUGGGUUGAUGUGUUUUUGGGUAAGAAAGGUAAUGAGUAUUUUUGCGAAAUUGAACCAGAGUACAUUACAGAUAGAUUCAAUCUGAUUAAUUUACAAAAGACAGUAUCAAAAUUCACACAGGUAAUACAAUAUAUUGUGGAUAAUUUAGAUGACCAAACUUUGGCCAAUAUGUCCCCAAGUCGCGUUAAACAAUUGGAAGCAGAUGCAGCAAAAUUCUACGGAUUGGUUCAUGCACGUUAUAUUAUCACGGUUAAAGGUUUGCAAAAAAUGUUGGCCAAAUAUAAAGAUGCAGAUUUUGGUAGAUGUCCAAGAGUGUAUUGUAAUUUCCAACCUUUAUUACCCGUAGGAUUACAUGAUGUGCCCGGUGUUGAUUGUGUUAAAUUGUAUUGUCCCUCCUGUGAAGAUUUAUAUAUUCCAAAAUCUGCCAGACACAGUUCAAUUGAUGGAGCAUUUUUUGGCACAAGUUUUCCUGGUAUGUUUUUACAAACUUUUCCUGAAGUGGUUCCAAGACAUCCAACCAAGAGAUAUGUACCUAAAAUAUUUGGUUUUGAGUUGCAUAAACAAGCACAAUUAGCACGUUGGCAACAAUUACAAAGACUAAAGUUGGAAAAAAGGUUAAAGGAACUCAAUGUAAACUUAACCAAGCAAGGUGGAUAUAAGUAG